AUGCCCGGUGCUGUGCAGAGCCAGAUAGGGCUGGAGCAAGCCCGGCCGCAGCCCCGCUGCGUUAUCUGCCGGUGCCACCGGCUUCCCGGGCAGCCCCUGUGCGGCGGCGCCGGGCUGCGCUUCCCCAGAGCCUCCUGUCCCGUGCACCCGGGCUGCCUGCCGCCGUGCCCCAGCAUCCUCCCAGCCCCGCAUCCCCAACGCUCCCAGCCCCGCAUCCCCAACGCUCCCAGCGCCGGCAUCCUCCCCGCCCCGCAUCCCCAACGCUCCCAGCCCCGCAUCCCCAACGCUCCCAGCGCCAGCCCGCCCCAGCCCCGCAUCCCCAACGCUCCCAGCGCCGCGCCGGCAUCCUCCCAGCCCCGCAUCCCCAACGCUCCCAGCGCCGGCCCGCCCCUGCCCCGCAUCCCCAACGCUCCCAGCGCCGGCAUCCUCCCAGCCCCGCAUCCCCAACGCUCCCAGCGCCGGCCCGCCCCAGCCCCGCAUCCCCAACGCUCCCAGCCCCGCAUCCCCAACCCUCCCAGCGCCGGCCCGCCCCAGCCCCGCAUCCCCAAUGCUCCCAGCGCCGGCCCUCCCCAGCCCCGCAUCCCCAACGCUCCCAGCGCCGGCCCUCCCCAGCCCCGCAUCCCCAACGCUCCCAGCGCCAGCAUCCUCCCAGCCCCGCAUCCCCAAAGCUCCCAGCCCCGCAUCCCCAACGCUCCCAGCCCCGCAUCCCCAACGCUCCCACCCCGCAUCCCCAACGCUCCCAGCGCCGGCCCGCCCCAGCCCCGCAUCCCCAACGCUCCCAGCCCCGCAUCCCCAACGCUCCCAGCGCCGGCCCGCCCCUGCCCCGCAUCCCCAACGCUCCCAGCCCCGCAUCCCCAACGCUCCCAGCGCCGGCCCGCCCCAGCCCCGCAUCCCCAACGCUCCCAGCGCCGGCCCGCCCCUGCCCCGCAUCCCCAACGCUCCCAGCCCCGCAUCCCCAACGCUCCCAGCGCCGGCCCGCCCCAGCCCCGCAUCCCCAACGCAUCCAGCGCCGGCCCGCCCCAGCCCCGCAUCCCCAACGCUCCCAGCGCCGGCCCGCCCCAGCCCCGCAUCCCCAACGCUCCCAGCGCCGGCCCGCCCCAGCCCCGCAUCCCCAACGCUCCCAGCGCCGGCCCUCCCCAGCCCCGCAUCCCCAACGCUCCCAGCGCCAGCAUCCUCCCAGCCCCGCAUCCCCAAAGCUCCCAGCCCCGCAUCCCCAACGCUCCCAGCCCCGCAUCCCCAACGCUCCCAGUGCCAGCAUCCUCCCAGCCCCGCAUCCCCAACGCUCCCAGCGCCAGCCCGCCCCAGCCCCGCAUCCCCAACGCUCCCAGCCCCGCAUCCCCAACGCUCCCAGCCCCGCAUCCCCAACGCUCCCAGUGCCAGCAUCCUCCCAGCCCCGCAUCCCCAACGCUCCCAGCGCCAGCCCGCCCCCGCCCCGCAUCCCCAACGCUCCCAGCCCCGCAUCCCCAACGCUCCCAGCGCCAGCCCGCCCCAGCCCCGCAUCCCCAACGCUCCCAGCCCCGCAUCCCCAACGCUCCCAGCGCCGGCCCGCCCCUGCCCCGCAUCCCCAACGCUCCCAGCCCCGCAUCCCCAACGCUCCCAGCGCCGGCCCGCCCCUGCCCCGCAUCCCCAACGCUCCCAGCCCCGCAUCCCCAACGCUCCCAGCGCCGGCCCGCCCCAGCCCCGCAUCCCCAACGCUCCCAGCCCCGCAUCCCCAACGCUCCCAGCGCCGGCCCGCCCCUGCCCCGCAUCCCCAACGCUCCCAGCCCCGCAUCCCCAACGCUCCCAGCGCCGGCCCGCCCCUGCCCCGCAUCCCCAACGCUCCCAGCCCCGCAUCCCCAACGCUCCCAGCGCCGGCCCGCCCCUGCCCCGCAUCCCCAACGCUCCCAGCCCCGCAUCCCCAACGCUCCCAGCGCCAGCCCGCCCCAGCCCCGCAUCCCCAACGCUCCCAGUGCCAGCAUCCUCCCAGCCCCGCAUCCCCAACGCUCCCAGCGCCAGCAUCCUCCCAGCCCCGCAUCCCCAACGCUCCCAGCCCCGCAUCCCCAACGCUCCCAGCCCCGCAUCCCCAACGCUCCCAGUGCCAGCAUCCUCCCAGCCCCGCAUCCCCAACGCUCCCAGCGCCAGCAUCCUCCCAGCCCCGCAUCCCCAACGCUCCCAGCGCCAGCCCGCCCCCGCCCCGCAUCCCCAACGCUCCCAGCCCCGCAUCCCCAACGCUCCCAGCGCCAGCCCGCCCCAGCCCCGCAUCCCCAACGCUCCCAGCCCCGUAUCCCCAACGCUCCCAGCGCCGGCCCGCCCCUGCCCCGCAUCCCCAACGCUCCCAGCCCCGCAUCCCCAACGCUCCCAGCGCCGGCCCGCCCCUGCCCCGCAUCCCCAACGCUCCCAGCCCCGCAUCCCCAACGCUCCCAGCGCCGGCCCGCCCCAGCCCCGCAUCCCCAACGCUCCCAGCGCCGGCCCGCCCCUGCCCCGCAUCCCCAACGCUCCCAGCCCCGCAUCCCCAACGCUCCCAGCGCCGGCCCGCCCCUGCCCCGCAUCCCCAACGCUCCCAGCCCCGCAUCCCCAACGCUCCCAGCGCCAGCCCGCCCCCGCCCCGCUGCCGCCGGCUCCGGGAGCGCCACCCUGGGGCUCUGA